CUCCCCCUUCCCCCGCGGAGGCGGCCGGGCUCGCGUUUCGCUCCGCUUCCGGCUCCUCGCGCCCCCCUCCCCGAGGAGGUGGCGCCGCCGGCCGGGCCCACCUGCGGGGGGGGGGGGGGCGGCGCGAGGCGGCUGUUACCCAGCGCCCGGGCGGGGCCGCGGGAGUCGGGAAGCGGGAGACUCGCCCCGCGUUCAGGUUUCGUUUCUCCGAAACAGGUCCGCGGGGCGCGGCCGGCGCUCGCUCGCCGGCGGAUGGUCGCUGGAGCGGCCGGGUCGCGGCGCGGGGCUCGGGCGGGCGCGGCCGGCCGGAGGUGGCGGCCCCUCUCGCCAGCUGUGGGGCAGCGCUGUUAGCUUUCCCAUCAUGUGACCUGAGGCACCUGCGAAGCGGAUCGCUUCCCUUUCCAAAGAAUGAGCACAUGUCGAUGGUGUACGCCUAGUGGUUCUGAUACCACUGAGUUCCUGAAGAACUAUGCUUCUAAAAGGCUGUCCCAGGAAGAUCUUGAAGGAUCCAACGAUGAUCUCUGUUACUGCCUGGAGUGCGUGGUUGAGUACCACAGGGCGAGGGAGAAGUUGCCAAGCUUGCAUGAGGCCCUGUGGGAGCUGGAAACUUCCCGCCUCAUUGCCCACAUUGAGAAAUCCAUGAAAGAAGAAGUUGGAGAGGAUGAUGAAUUGUUUAUAGUGGAUGAGAAUGGGGAGACACAGCUGUCUGGUUAUGUAGGCCCAGAUUUUGAGAAUAACUUGCGAGUGCCCCUCCUAGAAAUACUGAAAUACCCCUAUCUGCUGCUGCAUGAGAAAGUCAGUGAGCUUUGUGUAGAAGUGCUUUGCAGAAUGGAACGAGGUCACAACUCCUUUCAGGUCUUUGAGAAAUAUCCAGGAAUUUAUCUCUUCUUGGUACACCCCAAUGAAGUGAUUCGUCGAUGGGCCAUCCUAACAGCAAGGAACUUAGGGAAGGUUGACAGGGAUGAUUACUAUGACUUACAGGAAGUGCUGACAUGCUUGUUUAAAGUUAUUGAGUUGGGGCUUUUUGACAGUCCAGAUAUUUAUAGUUCUUCAAUGAUUGAAAAGGGUAAACUCAUCCUUCUGCCAUCUCAUUUAUAUGAUACUACCAACUACAAGAACUAUUGGUUAGGUAUUUGUAUGCUGCUAACAGUGCUGGAAGAACAGGCUAUGGAUUCCUUGUUGCUGGGUCCAGACAAACAGAAUGAUUUCAUGCAGUCUAUACUUCAUACCAUGGAGAAAGAAGCAGAUGAUGAUUCUACCGACCCCUUCUGGCCAGCGCUGCAUUGUUUCAUGGUUAUUUUGGAUCAACUGGGAUCUAAAGUAUGGGGUCAACUUAUUGAUCCUGUCCAAGCCUUUCAAACCAUUAUCAACAGUGUGAGCUACAACAAUGAAAUAAAAAAUAUACGCAGUAGCUUUAAGAGGACCAAAUCUGAACCAGAGUCAGACUAUGAUGAUGAAAUGGUUACUUGCAGUCAGAUUGUAUAUGAUUACAAUACAGAGAAGCCCCAAAAGGAUACUGGAUGGAAAACUGCCAUUUGUCCAGACUAUUGCCCCAACAUGUAUGAAGAUAUGCAAACGCUGGCUAACGUGCUUCAGUCUGAUAUUGGCAGAGAUAUGCGUGUCCAUCACAGCACGUUUCUGUGGUUCAUCCCUUUUGUUCAGUCACUUAUGGACCUCAAGGACUUGGGUGUGGCAUAUAUAGUAGAGGUCAUUCACUACCUCUGCUCAGAAAUCAGGGGUAUUCUUAAUGAAAAAAUCCAGCAGUGUGACAAAGUCUCUGAAUUUUUUGUCCUGAUCUUAGUGUCGAUUAUUGAACUACACAGAAAUAAAAAAUGCCUGCAUUUGCUAUGGGUUAGCUCACAGGAAUGGGUGGAAGCAGUGGUGAGGUGUGCUAAGCUCCCAGCCAUAGCAUUUACGCGGUGCGCUGAAAAAGCAUCUGGAAACUAUCCAAGAGGUUCAUCAGCAUUAUCUUCACAGGCUUCUAACUCUGUGCAACAUGCUUGUGUGCAGUUGAUACGCAGCCUUCUUAGGGAAGGUUAUCAAAUUGGGCAGCAUGCUCUUUGCAAGCAGUACCUAGACAAACUCAAUCUCCUUCUGCGUGGAAACCUGUCCUUAGGUUGGCAGCUGAGCCUCCAGGAAACCCAGGAAUUACAAAUGUGUUUAAAGCAAGUUAUAAGAAGUAUAAAGGGCAGAGCAAUGAAUACCUCUGUGCCUGCAGAAAACAAUGCCAACUCUACAACUUUGCCCACCCUUUCUGUAAAGCAAGAAAAGAGGAUGCAUGGUGAUGAAUGUAAAACGACUCUACACGGCAGAGAUGACCUUUGUUCGCCUUUUUCUUUUAUAUCAAAGGGAGUCAGAGAUGGAGGUUGUCAGGAGAACCUUUUCCCUAGAAGAAAUGAUGCCUGGGAAGAGGAAUGCAGAGAUGCAUCUAAAACUGCACUGUCUUUCACUGAAACGCAUCUUGUGGGUGUGUAUGUUAAAAAGGAACCUGAUGAAAAGGCAGCUCAGGAAUAUAAUUGCCCACAGAACUCUUUGACAAGAAAAAUAUGUGGGGAAGAUCAGAAAAAUACAGACAAUUAUCUUGUGUCAGGGAACUGUGAUAAGGAUAACUGGUUCUUUAAUCCAAAUUUUCAGUGUUCUGAUUUUAAAAGAGGUGGAGAGUUAGAAGAUAAAUGUGAAACAGAGCCCAUAACACCAAAGUGUCUGGUUGCUCAGACUUGCAUUGACUCUCCAGAACAUGUUCGUGGCUCAGAUGAGAACGAAAGCAACCUGUCUCCUAAUUCUUCCUCAAAAUUUAAAAUAGAUGCAAAUAGAUUCAUGAAUCUGAAACAGAAGGUGCUGAGAACUGACUGGACCUCAAAACUGUCGCACCUAGUGAAGCCACCCAACUUGCAAAACAGUUGUAUGGCAGUAAGUGCUUCAAAAGCAGAAGCAAACCAACCUCAGCUGUGCACUGAUGGGGCAUGUACAAGCAAAGAUUGCAACAGGCACCAAGGAUUGAAUACUGUGUGUGAAAAUGAAAUCUCUGUUAGUUCUCAGGCUUCAAGGAGCUUUGAAAACAAGCAGGAGAAAAGCAUAAACAAUACUUUUCAAUACAGGUUGGCCUCCAUUAAACAGGAGUCAAAAGAGACACUGCUAGAUUGCUCUCGCUCCUCUAAAAAUGAACCUAAUUUGCAACAAAAUGAAGAUGACCAUGUUUUGUUUUCAGGGAUUAGCAACAAUUUAGUGAAAAAAGGACCCAGUGAAGAAAGAUCAAGUUCAUUGUUGAAGCCUCUGUUUAAGAAGGACCUUAACAUGCAACCUUCAGACCAGGAACAGCCUAAUGUAGGCAACCAAAUUAAAGAUGACUGUAAAGGUCAAAUUUUGAAGACAUUCCGUGUAGAUAAAACUUCAGCAAAUGGUCAUGUUCCUUCUAGCUCUGAAGAUAAGGGGGAUGUAGCCAACACUGCUUUUCGGAUCAGUCCACUCUCAAUGAAGUGCGAAUCAAGUGACAGCUUGUUAGAAUUUUCAAAGUAUUUCAAGAAAGAAGACAAUUCAAUGGGGAAAAGUGGUGAGGAUUUUGUGAGGAUGGCUUCUGGAGGCAGCAAUUUAACAGACUCCGAGGUUGAUAGAGACCUCAGUAAAUUAUCUUUAGCUGCAUAUGCCAAAAGUGUCAAUUUUUCCAUUGAUUCAAGCCAAGAAAGCUCAGUAUAUCAUAAUAUAUGUGACAUUAAAAGGAAAGUGAAAGGUGCUGUAAGAUCAUCCAGCAAUGUCCAGAGUGACAAGUCGCCCUGUGAUGCAGAUUGCCUUGACAAUCAAGUCAUUAUCAUUUCAGACUCUUCUGAUGAAGAAAAAAGCCCGCCUCUUGAGGAACAAACAACAGAAACAAAUGAAGAUGAGUGUCCAGAAAGACAGCAUUUAACAUCCAGCUGCAUUUCUGAUAGUGAGAUCAAAAAGGAAUCGAAGACACCUAGCUCUCCCUUGUCGCACGAAGAAUGUGGGUCUCAGUACUUUGAGUUUGAAACACAAGAUGAGGUCUUUUCGGUUUGGCAAGAUACUCAGAUGUACAGUAUGGAAAAAACUCAAGAAUAUAAACAAGACUGUGUUUCAACAUCAGUUGAUAGCAGUGACUCGGAUAGCAUACUGAAGGAUUGCACAAACGAAUGGGGUUAUGAUACAGAUUACAUGAGUGAUGAUACCACUGAAAGAGAAGCAAGCGUGAUAGAAAAGCAGAUGGAUAAUGUCUCUCAUCAGAAGGAAGCUGGUGAUAAAGAAGUAGCAUCUAGUUCAACCUUACAAGAAUCAAUUAGUAAGGGAAACAAAAAAGAUCAACUGGAGAAUUCUGCAGACAAAAGUGCUGUUGCUAAAGACUUCAUCCCGAACACAGAAUUGACUGAACCCAAAGCAUCUACAUCUAACAUGUCAUUAGCUUCAAAGUUGGCUAUUAAGAAAAAUAGUAUGAGCCCGCGGAAUAAUUCAGCAAAACCUAAGGUGGUAAGAACUAUUCAAAGAAGUCCUAAAAGAACUCUUCUUAAAACUGCACAAAAUAAAAAACUAUCUCAAAGUACCUCAAAAAACUCUCAACCUGGCAGGUCAACACCUGCUGUGGUUCCUCCAAAGAAAGUUCGGCAGUGUCCUGCACCAACAUCAACUGCAGAAAAACUUGGUCUGAAGAAGGCACCCCGCAAAGCAUUUGAAUUGUCUCAGCGCUCUUUAGAGAGUCUGGCUCAACUGCGUAGCUAUGGUAAAGCUGCUGGGAAAGUUGGAACUGCACAGAAACAGAGGACUAAAUUAAUUUCUCCUCAGACUUUGUCAAUAAAAAAUAAUAAAAAAAUGCUAGCCUGCCAAGAUCUUCAGUUUUUGAGGCAGACAAGGCCCAAACGAAGUGUCAGAGGGAAAAAUCUUGCAGGAAGUUCUGACAGAAGCAAAAAGGUUAGCAAAGGGGAUGCAAAUUUUGUGAAACAAAAGCCUAAAAGUUUUGGCUUGACAUCUGUUGAAGGAGCUGUUGAAAACCAAGGGGGAAGAAAAAUGGAGCAGACCUUUUGUCCCUCAGCCAGUGAGAAAAAACAAAUCAGAGAUGUCUCUGUGGAAGAGGAGGGUAUGCAAACUACACAUAUCUCUGAAAUACCUGGGUUUUCAGACUCGAACAGAAAAAUGGAAGAAAACAAUAUGAUGGUUCCUCCCGUACCUAUGGAUUCAGAUCUCUUUUCCCCUGUAGCUGCUGAAGAUGAUAAAGAUAAACCUUCAGAAAGAGGUUGUGUUGUCCAGUCUGAGAAGACGGUUUUGAAAGAAAAUGGGUGUAAAUCAAAUGAAAACAGUGAUGAUGACGAUUUAUUUUUAACUCAGUUAGAUCCUGUGGAUAUGGAAUUAUGUUCCCAAGAGGCAGAUGGUGGAGAAAUUACUAUACCUAGUAAACCAGUGGAAAUGGAAAUAGAUGCUGCUGAAAACCUUCAGCAGAACAGACCCUUGAGUAUUGUGAAAUGUAAGCACAAAGACUGUGUGGAAAAAAUGGAAAAAAUAGGUGAGUACUGUAGUAAGCAUUCAACUACCAAUUCAGAAACAGAUCAUUUGUUUGCCAAACCUUUGCCACCUUCUAAAACAAGAAAGCCUUCCACUACCAAAAUUUUCUGCUCAGUAAGUUCUUCACGGAAUGCAGCCUUCACCAAGGAUCUUGAAGAUGUUAAAAAACUACCACCGUCUUCCAAAAGCAAAGUAAAUGUAGUGAAACCUGUGGUGUUCAGACCACCAAAUGCAAAGGCUGUGCCAGCAGAAAAUCAAAUGUGCAGGACCCCAAGUUUCAGUAAUAUUCCUCAGCCCUGUGCUUCCAGUAACGUUCUCCGGCCGCAAAAUACACAGAUCGACAAUGCUUCAAAUAUUUCCAGAAGACCUGUCAGAGAAGAAUAUUAUUCUUCCUUUCUUGGGGCUCAGCAGCGUGAUCAUAGUAUUUUUGUUAAAGAAGUCCUAAAGUGGACUUACGAAAUGUUUGCAAACUGCAGCCAGUAUGGACCUCCGGAUAGUCUCCUGCAAUCUGUAGUAGCCUCUGUUCCUGUCAAAUUUCUGGGAUACAAUGACUAUUUUAAUACGUUUUUCCCCUUGAUGAUGCUAAAUGCCUUCGAAACACUGGCACAAGACUGGUUAGAAAGCCAGAGAAUGAGAGAAAGGAGUUACUACUUCCACUUGCAGAACUUCUGUGCUGACUUGAAUAGAGCAGAUUUUAUAGCUCAUAUUCGAGAAAGUGAUCUGGCAAGGCAGCUUCAUCCAAAGGAGGAUGAUUUAAUCUUUUUGGUAGUCCAAGAGAGAAAAAACACCUUUGGGGAAGAAAGCGAGAUGGUGAGCCAUCUAGUGAAGCACGUGGGUCUUGUGACACGAUUUUCGCGUGCAUCUGGCAGUUCAGCUAGACAAAAUGAGCAGCAUCCUGUCUGUCAUCUCUCUGUGCAAACUCAGGGCAAUUUGUCAUGCUUCAUAAAUAAGCAAGUGAAAUGUGUGGUGGUCGGCUCCCUAGUAACCACACAGCGAACGUUCAAAGGUCUGCUACUCCUGAGCAGGAGUCCCCUGGCUAAACCCAUUAUAAACCCAAGUUACAACGACUUCUGUCCCAGAGAUUUGCACGUAGCUUCGGAAAGUGCUGCUUAUAUGAAAGAAUACAAUGAAGAUCAAAAGAGAGCUAUCGAUACUGCUUAUGCCAUUGUAAAACAGCAUCCAGGACUUCCCAAGAUCUGCCUCAUACAUGGACCACCUGGAACAGGGAAAUCAAAAACUAUUGUUGGGCUUCUGUCUCGUGUUUUGAGAGAGAACACUAGGAAUGAGAAAAGAACUCAAAAACCAAAUUCCAAGAUCAAGCCAAACCGUUUUCUAGUUUGUGCACCAUCCAAUGCUGCUGUUGAUGAACUCAUGAAAAAGAUCAUCGUUGAAUUUAAGGAAAAAUGCCAAAACAGACAGGAUCCUUUGGGAAACUGUGGUGAUAUCAGAUUAGUGCGACUGGGUGCAGAAAAAUCGAUCAGCUGUGAAGUACGUGGAUUUAGCUUGGAUAAGCAAGUUGAACAUAGAAUGAAACGAAGGCUACCUAACCAUGACCAGAGUAUUCAGAAGAGAAAAGAAGCUCUAGAUCAAAAACUGGACAUGCUGUCUCGUGAACGUGCCAUGCAUAGAUGUGAGAAGAGGGAGAUAAAUCAAAUGUUAGAUGAUGAAAUUGGCAGACUUUCAAAGGAGAGACAACAGCUUGCUUCUCAACUAAAGGAGGUUCGGGGGUGCUCCCAGAGAGUGCAGGCAGAAAUCAUCUUGGAGUCUGACAUCAUUUGCUGCACACUGAGCACAAGUGGAGGGACUCUGCUGGAAUCCGCUUUUUGGCGGCAAGGACUUGAUCCGUUCAGCUGCGUCAUUGUAGAUGAGGCAGGACAGUCCUGUGAGGUUGAAACACUCAUUCCGCUGAUUCAUCGCUGUAAUAAACUCAUCCUUGUUGGAGAUCCCAGGCAGCUCCCUCCUACUGUAAAAUCGCAGAAAGCUCAGGACUACGGCUAUGAUCAGUCCUUGAUGGCACGCCUGCACAGGCACCUGGAAGCACAAGUGCAGCAGAAUAUUUUGAGAAGUCUGCCAGUUGUGCAGCUGACUGUGCAGUACAGGAUGCACCCUGACAUCUGCCUCUUCCCAUCCAAUUACAUUUAUGGCAGGAGUCUGAAGACUGACAAAGCAACAGAAGAGAAUAGAUGUUCUUCAGAAUGGCCAUUCCAGCCUUACCUAAUUUUUGAUGUAGGAGAUGGUCACGAGGAGAGAGACAAUGACUCUUUUAGUAAUCCCCAGGAAGUUAAACUGGUGAUGGAAUUAAUUAAAACAAUUAAAGAAAAAAGGAAGGAUCUUGGUCUUCGUCACAUUGGAGUAAUUACCCCUUACAGUGCACAGAAAAAGAAAAUUCAAGAAGAACUAGACAGAGUGUUUAAGAACAACAGCUCAGGGGAGGUGGACACAGUGGAUGCGUUCCAGGGACGAGAGAAAGACUGUAUCAUAGUGACGUGUGUCCGGGCGAACAGCACUAAAGGAGCAAUUGGGUUUCUGGCAAGUCUUCAGCGACUGAAUGUUACAAUUACCCGGGCCAGAUUCAGCCUCUUCAUUCUCGGAAGACUAAAAACACUCAUGGAAAAUAAAGACUGGAAUGAGUUGAUUCAGGACGCUCAGAGAAGAGGUGCCAUUAUCAAGACAUCAGACAAGAACUACAAGAAGGAUGCUGCUAAGAUUCUGAAGCUGAAGCCAACAGUACAGAACCCCCCCUGCCAACCCCCCACCAAAGCAGACACAAAGAAAGCUCCUCCAGUGCAGGUUCAUUCUUCUGGGAGCAGGAGGGGUGAGCUCACAAAUCCGAGGGAGGCCAGCGAUCCACGGGAGCUCUCUGCUGCUGCCAUCCCUGCAGCCCCGCAAGGAAGCAGAGGGCUGCAGCAGCCCCAGAGGCCUCAGGCUGCGGACUCCAGGAGAGCCCCCGUUUCCACACCAGUGGAGGCUGCAGCACAGUCUGCCGAUCGAGAGAAACCGCGGGACCCAAGGCUGGCCAGUAGAACAGAGACAAAAGGGAAGGAGCAGGUCUCAAAAGACAGCAAUCAGUCAGCUCAGAGCAAUCUGGGAGCAACAUCACAGCAGGGCCCGGAAGUAUCCUCAGCUGUCAGGGAUCAGAUUUCCAAAACAGAAACUUCUAAGAAGCCCCAACAAACAAUGGGACAAUCUGAUGCGUCUUCCAUGUCAUCUUAUGCAGCUCAGCGAGAGGGUGACUCGAGGGCUGCUUUAUCAAAAAACGAUUCAAAAGCCCGUGGUGGAGGAGGUCAAAGUAGUAGCAGUAAGUGGAGCAAAGACAAAGACUAUCGUUUUGUAACCAGGAGAGCAUCAGAUGAAUCACCAGAGAGCAAAGACUCAAACAGUGCCAAGCGAAGAAAGACCUUUCACUGACGGCAAUAUCUUUUAGUAUUGGCUCAAUACUCAAAAUCCAUCCCCAAAUUUCUGUCUAGCAGGGACUUUAUUUUAAGAUAUUUCAUACACCUGGAACACCCUUAUUUUGAUCACUUCUACAAUCAGUAGAUGGAUCUUUUUCCCAUCCUGUCACUAGUUGCAAAGAGACUUUAUACCUGAUGGCUGAUAACUUUGAGCUUUUGAACAGAAAAGUUGGGUUAGCUGCAUUGCUUGGAAGGGCAGUGAAUUUUGUCAUCUAGGAAGUUGAGAUUGUAAAUGUUUAAUGAUGUAUAUUUGUACAGUACAAAAUUAUUUUAAGAUUUAAUUUGGCAGGUAUAUAGCUGCUUGUUUCCUUGUGCAAAUGCUAAUUUCAUAGUGAUGCAAUUUUUUUUAUGAAGAACCCAAGCAAAGCAAAAAAAAAAAAAAAAAUCCAGCCAGACUUCCUUUUCCCUUUGUCCUAGUAAGUCUAAUUUAUUUGAUAGCAAACAACGAAUUUUGAAAAGAUGGUAGCAGUGAUUCUUCCUCAUGUUCUGCUGGUGCCUCAGGGAGGACCGAGGGCAGAUGAACAUAGGUUGAAUGGAGAAAAUUCUACUUAUUUUGUAUAUUUUAUUGCCUGUUUUUUAUAGGAACAAAAGAGCUUAUAUGUUUAUACAAAUGUGCCUUGAGUUUUGUUCUUGCUGCUGCUUCAUGAGCUGGAAUCCUUUGUCUUGUUGCAGUGGUGGUAUGAGCUGUGGAUUAAAGCCUACGAGGUCUGUUUGGGCCUGAUGAGCCCAUGUGAUGAGUAGUGAGCAGGACUGUGGAAUCUCAGUCAAAGAUCUAGUUAAUGCUUAAUGAUAAUGACACUUGAAUUUCUUUGUAUAGAGCUCUUGGAGAUCUACAAAGAUAAAAAGGGCAAGCAGUUAGUUCUCGGUGUUACUACUGGAUUCUGUUCACUGUGUUGAUGUAGAAUACAUAACCAGUAAAGGGGCAGGGCGGGGAGUUGUUCUAACUAUUUUUUAAGAAAGCCAUAAUACUGACUUUAAGAAAGCCAUAAUAUCUCACCAUAACACUUCCAUAACCAGAGUGGAACUAUUUCUAGUAGGAAUGCCUUUGGGUCAUUGUGAAACACUUUUUUCUUUCCAGAGUACAGCACAUCUGACUCGAGCAAGUGACUGGCAGCAUUUGCUCUGCACACUGUUUUGCAUGGAGCCAGUCUAGCAUGCUUCUGCUUGAGAAUUCAGCACCUUUCUAUAUUAAUGCAAGUUUGGGUGUACUGUGUGCAGGCCAGACUAUCUCCAUGCAUCCGUGUUAAAAUACGACCUGUUAUGACCAAGGCAGUAUCCUGUUGUCGUCCCUUUCUGACUCUGACUUGAGAAGAGAUGUUAGUGGUAUGCCUAACUUUUUGUGCUGUGGCCUAAUGCUCUAAGGAAUGGAAAGAAGCCGUCAAUCUUACUUUUGUGUGUGGAGUCCAGUAAGUUUUAAGUGAAUUUUACACCUGAGAAUCAAGACCUGUCACGUAAUUGGGGGGCAGGUUCUGGUAUGCUGACCUACUGAGUGACUUAUGCUUAACCACUACAUGAGAGUGUCUUGGUUCCAUAACUGCAGAAUGAGCUGCCAGACUUCUCUGGCCAGAAUGUAACUGUUAUCUUUAGCUGUGUUUCAGUCCUGACACAUUCAUUGCAAUGAUUAGUGUUAGCUUUGUUCUCUUAACCAACUGACAGAUAGGUAUGUGUGAUACAGUUCAGCAAAAUACAGACGGCUUACCAUACAAAAAAUAAGGUAGCAGUUUAAAUUAACAGUAAUUGCCAGUAUAACUAAAGUUUGAUGUAUCCAAGCACCAAACAGAUGUUUUUUAUUAGUGACAACUGAGUAGUAGGUGUGUUGGAAGGCUUUUAGUCACUGUAUGUGCCUGUCCUGCUCACAGUGCUAUGGUAUGGAGAGUUUAAGAUAACAAGGGAAAAUUCUGACCUUCGAGAUGCCCUUGAAGUGAAAUCACUACAUGGUGCAGUGUUUAAGAAUUACACUUUGGGCCCAAAGCUUUGGUUUAUUCAUUAUGUUGCAAUCUUAAUUGCUUCACUGAACCCUGACCCGCUCUUGUCAGCAGGAUAUGCACCUCUAAAACUGUUGUGACUGUUCCUUAUGUUAUGUACCUGGAGUGAGAAGGAAGGUGGUUUGAAUUAAUCUUAUUGUCACGAAUUGGACAUUGCUGUCACUCAUAGAUCGCAGAAUCUAUGCCCUAAGUGUUAUCUCCCUUUAUGUUAAUAGGAAUUCUUAAAAAUACUGUCUUCAUGUAAACCUCUUGGCUCUUCUCAUCACUGCUGUGUCAACUUGCCUGCUGUUUCUACUUAGCACGUUAAAAAGGCUGCUAUGCUGCAAACUGCCGUAAGAUCCUAUAGCUAUGGUGGAGGCCAUGUAGUCUGUAUUUAUGUAAAUAAAGUGAAGGCAGCAACAGUGUGAAUGAAGAACUGUGCUUUUCUGGCCAUUAAAUAGAACUUUGUCAAGGAAACAUUUUUCAAAAACUUCCCUUCUAGUUUCUUUUCCACUUAAUUUGCGUUUCAGAAUAUACAUUUCUCUUGAGAACUCUACUUACCGUAUAGUAGAAGGAAUUUUGUUUUAACAUUUCAUUUCUCUUGGAUUAUGUGCACAAAGCAUAGGUAAUGUAAUUUUAUAAUUCCUGUAUUUUUCCAUAAAACAUCUUUUAUAAGGAAUGGUCAACUGGCUCAAGCUUUUUUCUUUCUUUUUUUUUUCCCUUUCUUUUUGCUUUUUUUUCUUUUUGCUUUUUUCCUUCUUUCUCCCUCUGAUUUAAUACUAGAUUUAUUUUAUCUGACCUAAGUUGUCAAUCUUUCAGCAGUAGCUUAUUCCUACCAUAUCAGUCUGUACUGUUAAUGUUGAAUUCUUGAAUAAAAAUCUUUGGGUUGUUUGCACUUGGAA